AUGGCCGAGGCAGAAAUUCGGGUACAACAGCCUGCUCAGCAUCAAGCUUUGCCAAUGUCUAUACUAAAGCCGCCUCGUCAGCUUGAUAUGGACACAACCAACCUUCCUGACCAUUGGAGGAAAUGGAAGGAGGAACUUACACUGUACAUGGAAUUGGCAAUGAUUGGAAAACCUGAGGAUUUGAAACUCAAACUGUUCAAAUACUUAAUAGGACCGCAGGGUAGAGAAAUCUACUCCACUCUGGAAUUUGAUCAGGCUGAACAGGAUCGUAAUCUGAAUGAUGUCCUCGCCGUUUUUGACAGACAUUGUGAUCCUAAAAAGGAUGAGACGGUGGAAAGAUAUCAUUUCUUCACGCGUAAUCAGGAAAGUGAGAGCUUUGAUAAAUACUUGACUGAUCUGCGUAUACUAGCUGCCACAUGUAAUUUUGGUGAACUUCACGAUUCCCUUAUCCGUGACAGAAUUGUGUGUGGUAUCUCAGAAAUCCAUCUCAGAGAGAGAUUACUGCGAGAAGCUGACCUCACCCUGGAUAAAUGCGUACACAUCUGCCGCGCAUCUGAAAUAUCCAAGAAACAGAGCCUAGCCCUGAAUGCCCAGUCAGCUGUACACGCAGUAAGCAACAAAUCUGACCCAAAACAGAAAGCACGGAAAUCCAGAAAUUCUAAAUCCUCUAAUUCUAAACAAACUGGAAAAUCUGGAAAACAGAACCUGCUAGAAAGGCCGUGUAAUUUCUGUGGACUGCGACAUGAGAAAAGACGCCACAAGUGUCCGGCAUAUGGAAAGGAGUUCAACGCAUGCCAUUCCAAGAGCCACUUUAGUUCUAUGUGCCACAGCUUGCGUAAUCUCAACUUUGUGUCAGAAACUUUGUCUUCUGAGGAAGAGGAUUAUUUUGAAAUAAACACCGUUAACUUUACAUCUGAAACUCUGUGCCUUAAUUCUGUAAAUGGACAGAGUUUUCCAAAGCGGAUCUUCGCUACCAUGCUGGUGAAAGUGAGUAAGAACACCUCUGAAUCUACUCACAGUCCUAUAACACUGGAACAGCUAAAGAAACAGUACAGAGACGUGUUCCAAGGCACUGGUUUGUUAGAGGGCAAGUAUAAGAUUGACAUUGACCCCGCUGUUACUCCAGUUGUGCACCCCCCUCGUAAAGUCCCUGUAGCUCUUAGGGAUAAGCUCAAAAGUGAACUUCAGAGACUGACUGACUUAAACAUAAUUGCCCCUGUUACUGAUCCGACACCGUGGGUAUCUAGCAUGGUGUUAGUUUCGAAACCGAAUAAACUCCGGAUAUGCAUUGACCCAAAGGAUCUGAAUCAAGCCAUAAGACGUAGCCACCACCCCAUACCUACGAUUGAGGACAUUUUACCCGAACUCACAAAGGCUAAAAUCUUCUCAACCCUUGAUGCUAAAAACGGGUUCUGGCACGUGGAACUUGAUGAGGAGAGCUCCUAUCUGACUACUUUCAAUACUCCUUUUGGGUGGUAUCGUUGGUGUAGAUUACCAUUCGGUAUUUCCUCUGCACCGGAAGUCUUCGAACUGAGACAGGAACAAGCUCUGGAAGGCUUGAAGUGCGUCAAGUCCAUACACGACGACAUACUGCUGUAUGGAGAAGGUGACACCUAUGAAGAGGCAUCACGUGAUCACGACAGAAAUCUUGAGAACCUAAUGGAACGUUGUCGUGAGAAGAACACUCAAAUUGAACUUUGA